GCCCUUCAUUUCCAUCUCUGGACUCAAAGAGGACAGGUGUCUGUUGCCUUCUCAGUGUCAGCUUGUGCGAUCUGUUUAUUCCCUUGAAUUUAAGAAAACUACUGCACAGUUGGACCCCACUGGGGAGGCAGACUCUCUGAAGAUGGAACCUCUUGUAUUCUUGCUCCUCUUAGCGGGGCUGGUUGGAACAACAUCAGCUCAAGAUAACACAACAACAGUUGAGCCAACAGUCAACAUGACGUCAGCACCUGGUGAUGCAACCCCAACAUCCUACAAUACAACUGCAUCACUGCUGAACGAAAUUUUAGGGAAUUCAACCUCAUCACCAAUCAACACGACUUCAUCAUCAGUUGACAGUACCCUAUCAACAGUCAAUGCAACCUCACCAUCAAUGACCUCAAUAGCGAAUGAAAGCUCACCAUCAGUCAACAUGACAUCCCCAAUCAAUGCCCUUUUGCCAGAUAAUACAACUUCAUCUCCACAAAACAUGACCAGCCCACCACCAGUGAACCCAACUUCAUCACUACACAAUGCAACUUCUCCACUACUGAACAUGACAUCUCCACUGGUUGACCUAACAUCACCACCAGUUAACCCAACAGCACCAACUCUAAACACAACUUCACCGGAAGUUACAAUGACUUCACCACCAGUCAGUGCUACUUCACUAAGUGCAACUUCACCAACAGUCCCCAUGACAUCACAGCUACUUAAUGAAACUUCACCAAUCAUUACUACCUCACCACUUCUUAAUGCAACUUCCUCACCAGUCAGCAUGACCUCAUCACAUCUUAAUGCAUCUUCACCACCAGUCCUCAUGACUUCACCACCACUUAGUGAAACUUCACCAAUCAUUACUACCUCACCACUUCUUAAUGCAACUUCCUCACCAGUCAGCAUGACCGCAUCACAUCUUAAUGCAUCUGCACCACCAGUCCUCAUGACGUCACCACCACUCAAUGAAACUUCACCACCAGUCCUCAUGACUUCACCACCGCUCAGUGAAACUUCACUAAUCAUUACUACCUCACCACUUCUGAAUGCAACUUCCUCACCAGUCAGCAUGACAUCACCACAUCUUAAUGCAUCUGCACCACCAGUCCUCAUGACGUCACCACCACUCAAUGAAACUUCACCACCAGUCCUCAUGACUUCACCACCACUCAGUGAAACUUCACCAAUCAUUACUACCUCACCACUUCUUAAUGCAACUUCCUCACCAGUCAGCAUGACAUCACCACAUCUUAAUGCAUCUGCACCACCAGUCCUCAUGACGUCACCAUCACUCAAUGAAACUUUACCACCAGUCCUCAUGACGUCACCAGCAUUCAACACAACCCCCCCACUAAUCAGUUUAACGUCACCAGCACUGAAUACAACUUCAUCACCAUUCAGCAUGACAUCACCACAAGUCAAUGAAACAUCUUCACCAGUUACUGCAUCCUCACCAUCAGUCAACAUGACCUCAUCACCAGUCAUUGCAACCUCACCACCAACAAACCUUAACUUAACAGUUAAUGCCACCUUACCUCAUGUCCAAAUGACCUCACCAGCGGUCCACAUGACAAACCCAACUGCAGCCUCAUUGCCAGAUAAUACAACUUCAUCUCCACAAAACACGACCAGCCCACCACCAGUUACUUCAGUGCCAGUGAACCCAACUUCAUCACUACACAAUGCAACUUCUCCACUACUGAACAUGACGCCUCCACUGGUUGGCCUAACAUCACCACCAGAUAAUACAACUUCAUCUCCACAAAACACGACCAGCCCACCACCAGUUACUUCAGUGCCAGUGAACCCAACUUCAUCACUACACAAUGCAACUUCUCCACUACUGAACAUGACGCCUCCACUGGUUGGCCUAACAUCACCACCAGAUAAUACAACUUCAUCUCCACAAAACACGACCAGCCCACCACCAGUUACUUCAGUGCCAGUGAACCCAACUUCAUCACUACACAAUGCAACUUCUCCACUACUGAACAUGACGCCUCCACUGGUUGGCCUAACAUCACCACCAGAUAAUACAACUUCAUCUCCACAAAACACGACCAGCCCACCACCAGUUACUUCAGUGCCAGUGAACCCAACUUCAUCACUACACAAUGCAACUUCUCCACUACUGAACAUGACGUCUCCACUGGUUGGCCUAACAUCACCACCAGAUAAUACACAUCCAUCUCCAGAAAACAUGACCACCCCACCACCAUUUACAGCAAGGCCAGUGAACUCAACUCCAUCACUACACAAUGCAACUUCUCCACUACUGAACAUGACAUCUCCACUGGUUGACAUAACACCACCAGCUGUCUCAACAAUGACACCACCAGGUUCAACAGCAGUGACUCAAACAGCAGCUUCUUCAUUAAUCCCGUCUACUGGCAUUAUAACUACUCCAACUACAACCACGACUCCAACUACAACCACAACUCCAACUACAACCACAACAACAACACGUGCCCCACCACCAGAGCCUAUUGUCAAAAUGGGAUUUAAGAUGGAACAAACUUUUGAACCAGAGUUAGCAAACACUACAUCACCACAGUUUAAGGAACUGGAAACCAAAGUCACCAGUGCACUAAAUGAAGUCUACUCAAAAAAAUUUGGAGAUGCCUUCAAUCGCACCAUCGUCAGAAGCUUCAAGAGCGGAUCUGUUGUGGCGGAUGUUGAGCUGAUCUUCAACCAAGUAGCGACAAUGCCAAACGCCUCUUCAGCUGCUAAUACUUUGGUAGAGGCUGUUAAGACGAGCAACUUUUCCCUGCGUGUCAACACAUCAUCUGUUGUUGCCAUCGUGCAGACGCCUGAGGUCCCAGUCACAGUUGCUUCUUCGACUUUUGUAAGCACAACAUCCAUACCAGGAGUUGAUACAACAAUUUCACCUACAUUAGUGUUUUCAACUGUGUCGCCAGUUAGCACAACAUCACCAAUGCUCAAUGCAACUUCACCUGAAGUCAUCAUUACAUCACCACAACUCAACACAACCGCAUCACCACACAAUGCAACUUCUCCACCAGUCACCAUGACAUCACCACCACUCAAUGGAACAUCCUCACCUUCAAUCAGUGUAACUUCACCAGCGCUGAAUACAACUUCACCAGUCAGCAUGACUUCAACACCACUAAAUGAAACAUCUUCACCAGUUACUGCAUCCCCACCACCAGUGAACAUAACCUCACCACCAGUCAUUGUGACUUCACCACCACUCAAUGCAACUUCUCUGCCACUCACCAUGACAUCACCACCAGUAAAUGCAACUUCUUCACCAGUUACAGUGUCAUCACCACCAGCGAACAUAACCUCACCAGCAAUCACUGUGACUUCACCACCACUAAAUGCAACUUCUCCACCAGUCGGCACAACCUCACCACUACCGAGUACAACUUCACCACUAGUCAGUGUAACCUCUGUACCACCAGUGUCCACCACGCUCCCUCCAGCAAAUGGAACAUCAGCUCAGCCAGUAACUUCAACACCACCAGCAACUACUACUCCCACCACUACUACUACUACUACUACUACUACUGCUACUACUACUACUACUACUACUACAACUGCUGCACCAGCAGAUUCAAAGCUCAGUCUGGGAUUUAGCUUGAAGCAAAACUUUACUUCAGAUCUAUCAAACCCUUCCUCCACUGCAUUCACAAGUUUGGCACAAACCAUAACAAAUGUACUUGAUCAAAUCUAUAAAGCAAGAUUUGGGAGACGUUUCCUGAGAUCACUGAUCAGAGCUUUCAGACCAGGUUCAGUUGUGGUAGAUGCUGAGCUGGUAUUCAGCAACUCCAGCUCAGUACCACCCUCCAAUGAUGCAGCAUCUGCUCUGGUGGAGGCAGCAGCAUCCAACUCUACCAAUUUCACCCUCCCACUGAAUCCAUCAACUGUUGUUGCAUCAACAAUUAAUACAACCACAGAUGCACCUUCCACAACAGUUAACCCAUCCUCAUCAACACUCAACACAAUGUCACCAGUAAUCAUCACUUCCUCACCACCACUCAGUUUAUCAUCAUCACCAGUCACCAUGACAUCACCACCACUCAAUACAACUUCUCCACCAGUCAGUGUGACAUCAUCACCACCACUAAAUGAAACAUCUUCACCAGUUACUGCAUCCCCACCACCAGUGAACAUAACCUCACCAGCAAUCAGCGUGACUUCACCACCACUCAGUGUAACAUCAUCACCACCACUAAAUGCAACUACUCCACCAGUCACCAUGACAUCACCACCACUCAAUACAACUUCUCCAUCAGUCAGUGUAACAUCAUCACUACCAGUAAAUGCAACUUCUUCACCAGUUACUGCAUCCCCACCACCAGUGAACAUAACCUCACCACCAGUCACUGUGACUUCACCACCACUAAAUGCAACUUCUCCGCCACUCACCAUGGCAUCACCACCAGUAAAUGCAACUUCUUCACCAGUUACAGUGUCUUCACCACCAGUGAACAUAACCUCACCAGCAGUCACUGUGACUUCACCACCACUAAAUGCAACUUCUCCACCAGUCGGCACAACCUCACCACUACCGAGCACAACUUCACCACUAAUCAGUGUAACCUCUGUACCACCAGUGUCCACCACGCUCCCUCCAGCAAAUGGAACAUCAGCUCAGCCAGUAACUUCAACACCACCAGCAACUACUACUCCCACCACUACUACUACUACUACUACUACUACUGCUACUACUACUACUACUACUACUACAACUACUACUACUACUACUACAACUGCUGCACCAGCAGAUUCAAAGCUCAGUCUGGGAUUUAGCUUGACGCAACCCUUUACUUCGGAACUAUCAAACCCUUCCUCCUCUGCAUUCACAAGUUUGGCACAAACCAUAACAAAUGCACUUGAUCAAAUCUAUAAAGCAAGAUUUGGGAGACGUUUCCUGAGAUCACUGAUCAGAGCUUUCAGAUCAGGUUCAGUUGUGGUAGAUGCUGAGCUGGUAUUCAGCAACUCCAGCUCAGUACCACCCUCAAAUGAUGCAGCAUCUGCUCUGGUGGAGGCAGCAGCAUCCAACUCUACCAAUUUCACCCUCCCACUGAAUACAUCAACUGUUGUUGCAUCAACAAUUAAUACAACCACAGAUGCACCUUCCACAACAGUUAACCCAUCCUCAUCAACACUCAACACAAUGUCACCAGUAAUCAUCACUACCUCACCACCACUCAGUUUAUCAUCAUCACCAGUCACCAUGACAUCACCACCACUCAAUACAACUUCUCCACCAGUCAGUGUGACAUCAUCACCACCACUAAAUGAAACAUCUUCACCAGUUACUGCAUCCCCACCACCAGUGAACAUAACCUCACCAGCAAUCAGCGUGACUUCACCACCACUCAAUACAACUUCUCCACCAGUCACCAUGACAUCACCACCACUCAAUACAACUUCUCCAUCAGUCAGUGUAACAUCAUCACCACCACUAAAUGCAACUACUCCACCAGUCACCAUGACAUCACCCCCACUCAAUACAACUUCUCCACCAGUCAGUGUGACAUCAUCACCACCAGUAAAUGCAACUUCUUCACCAGUUACUGCAUCCCCACCACCAGUGAACAUAACCUCACCAGCAAUCAGCGUGACUUCACCACCACUCAGUGUAACAUCAUCACCACCACUAAAUGCAACUACUCCACCAGUCACCAUGACAUCACCACCACUCAAUACAACUUCUCCAUCAGUCAGUGUAACAUCAUCACUACCAGUAAAUGCAACUUCUUCACCAGUUACUGCAUCCCCACCACCAGUGAACAUAACCUCACCACCAGUCACUGUGACUUCACCACCACUAAAUGCAACUUCUCCGCCACUCACCAUGGCAUCACCACCAGUAAAUGCAACUUCUUCACCAGUUACAGUGUCUUCACCACCAGUGAACAUAACCUCACCAGCAGUCACUGUGACUUCACCACCACUAAAUGCAACUUCUCCACCAGUCGGCACAACCUCACCACUACCGAGCACAACUUCACCACUAAUCAGUGUAACCUCUGUACCACCAGUGUCCACCACGCUCCCUCCAGCAAAUGGAACAUCAGCUCAGCCAGUAACUUCAACACCACCAGCAACUACUACUCCCACCACUACUACUACUACUACUACUACUACUGCUACUACUACUACUACUACUACUACAACUACUACUACUACUACUACAACUGCUGCACCAGCAGAUUCAAAGCUCAGUCUGGGAUUUAGCUUGACGCAACCCUUUACUUCGGAACUAUCAAACCCUUCCUCCUCUGCAUUCACAAGUUUGGCACAAACCAUAACAAAUGCACUUGAUCAAAUCUAUAAAGCAAGAUUUGGGAGACGUUUCCUGAGAUCACUGAUCAGAGCUUUCAGAUCAGGUUCAGUUGUGGUAGAUGCUGAGCUGGUAUUCAGCAACUCCAGCUCAGUACCACCCUCAAAUGAUGCAGCAUCUGCUCUGGUGGAGGCAGCAGCAUCCAACUCUACCAAUUUCACCCUCCCACUGAAUACAUCAACUGUUGUUGCAUCAACAAUUAAUACAACCACAGAUGCACCUUCCACAACAGUUAACCCAUCCUCAUCAACACUCAACACAAUGUCACCAGUAAUCAUCACUACCUCACCACCACUCAGUUUAUCAUCAUCACCAGUCACCAUGACAUCACCACCACUCAAUACAACUUCUCCACCAGUCAGUGUGACAUCAUCACCACCACUAAAUGAAACAUCUUCACCAGUUACUGCAUCCCCACCACCAGUGAACAUAACCUCACCAGCAAUCAGCGUGACUUCACCACCACUCAAUACAACUUCUCCACCAGUCACCAUGACAUCACCACCACUCAAUACAACUUCUCCAUCAGUCAGUGUAACAUCAUCACCACCACUAAAUGCAACUACUCCACCAGUCACCAUGACAUCACCCCCACUCAAUACAACUUCUCCACCAGUCAGUGUGACAUCAUCACCACCAGUAAAUGCAACUUCUUCACCAGUUACUGCAUCCCCACCACCAGUAAACAUAACCUCACCACCACUCACCAUGACAUCACCACCAGUAAAUGCAACUUCUCCACCAGUCGGCACAACCUCACCACUACCGAGCACAACUUCAACACUAGUCAGUGUAACCUCUGUACCACCAGUGUCCACCACGCUCCCUCCAGCAAAUGGAACAUCAGCUCAGACAGUAACUUCAACACCACCAGCAACUACUACUCCCACCACUACUACUACUACUACUACUACUACUGCUACUACUACUACUACUACUACAGCUGCUGCACCAGCAGAUUCAAAGCUCAGUCUGGGAUUUAGCUUGAAGCAAAACUUUACUUCGGAUCUAUUAAACCCUUCCUCCUCUGCAUUCACAAGUUUGGCACAAACCAUAACAAAUGUACUUGAUCGAAUCUAUACAGCAAGAUUUGGGAGACGUUUCCUGAGAUCACUGAUCAGAGCUUUCAGAUCAGGUUCAGUUGUGGUAGAUGCUGAGCUGGUUUUCAGCAACUCCAGCUCAGUUCCACCGACCAAUGAUGCAGCAUCUGCUCUGGUGGAGGCAGCAUCAUCCAACUCUACCAAUUUCACCCUCCCACUGAAUACAUCAACUGUUGUUGCAUCAACAAUUAAUACAACCACAGAUGCACCUUCCACAACAGUUAACCCAUCCUCAUCAACACUCAACACAAUGUCACCAGUAGUCAUCACUACCUCACCACCACUCAGUGUAUCAUUAUCACCAGUCACCAUGACAUCACCACCACUCAAUACAACAUCUCCACCAGUCACCAUGACAUCACCACCACUCAAUACAACUUCUCCAUCAGUCAGUGUAACAUCAUCACCAGUCAGUGUGGCAUCGUCAUCAGUCAUGACAUCACAGCCACUCUCUGUCACAUCACCACAAACAAUGUCCACUAUUUCCUCACCAGCAACAACAGCGACUCCUGCAACCACCACUGCAUCUACAAAUCCACCUUUGGCCAGUGAGGGAACCCUGGGUCUUACAUUUAGUCUCAACCAAACAUUUACAUCAGCUCUCUCAAAUAAAACCUCAAAUGAAUUUCAAAGUUUGGCUGCAAAAGUCAUCAGUGAGGUAAACAUAGUGUGUAGAAGAAUUUUCGGAAAUCGUUUCCUUCGCUCCAUUGUUAAUACAUUCAGGAGUGGAUCAGUUGUUACAGACAUGACUCUUGUCUUCCAAGACAACAGCUCAGUUCCAUCACAAAGCAAUGCAACUGCAGAACUCAGCACUGCACUUACCAGCAAUUCAACCUCACUUAAUAUUAUAGCAGGCAGUGUCAAUGCAACCACAACAACAACUCCGGCAACUAACUCUACUGAAACUCCAGUGACAUCCACUGCUGCAACUUCAGUGAUUAGUACUGCUUCAGCAGCCACUAAUGCUUCAGCAGCCACUAAUGCUUCAGCAGCCACUAAUGCUUCAGUAGCUACCACAGCUACUACAACAACUACUACUGGAACUACCGUGAGCACACCAUCAACAAAUCCUCCAUCAUCCACUGAAGGAAUCCUUCGCCUUAGGUUUCGUCUUAAACGACUAUUUACAUCAGAUCUCUCCGACUCAUCCUCAGCAGCUUUCAAGAGCCUAGCUUUAACAGUGAUCACAGAGAUUAACAGAGUGAGCGCUAAACUCUAUGGAUUAAAAUUCCUUCGCUCCAUUAUUAACUCAUUCACGAAUGGAUCAGUGGUUGUCGAUAUGGGUCUUGUGUUCCAAAAUCAAAGCGUGGUUCCUUCGGUAUUGAAUGCUGCCGCUGAUUUUAACAGAGAACUUGCUACUUCUACAACCUUGGAUUUCAUGCCAGACAGUGUUGUUACAGAGUCAGCACUGACACCCAGCAACAACAGUUCUCCUCUACCCACAGUGAGCACUUUGGCAAUGUUUUCGCUAACAGUUCUGACUGUGUCACAGACGCUGAUUGGCUCAUAACACCGAGAUCCUACCAACAGCCUCUGCUGCGCUGCAAAAUAUGAGAUAAUAAAUGUACCAAGAAACAAAAAAGGCCUUAACUAUUGUGCAUUAUGAAAUUUACCAAAACACCAAGUGGUAAAAGAUGUGUGCUGUGUAUCAAACAUGAAAACAAGUUUGUAGUAUUUUCCAAAAUAUUUAUCAUGUUUUAUUUAAUUUACUAAUCAAAUGAAAGUAUUUAGUUUUUCUCUACAAAUCAAUUUUUCCUUGAUUUCAGUGCAGCACAGUUAAAGUAUAUGUAAAUGAAAUUACAAAGACAUAAAUAAUAUUUAUUUUAUAUUAAAAGUAUUAUGUGACUAAGCUAGAUAAGAUUUGUCAUCCGAAGUCAGCAUGCAGGGAAAUGGUUAAAUUGAAGAGGACUGCAGUUAAUGCAGUGUGGCACUAAAAGCUAUGAGAGUAGAAGUUAAUGAUCUUGAUGCAUGAGAUGAUUUAUAUUCUGUUUGAAACCAAUAAUUAAUGUUCAAGUUUGACAGCAAGCUUCCAAUCUAUAUUUAUAAACACAGCAACAACCCCUUACAAUGUUUUUUGUAAGUACUAUAAUAUGGUUUUCUUGCAAGGUCGCCAAGUAUCAAGUGAAUAGUGUGCACUGCCCUUGAAUUUGAUUAAGACUGUUAGUCUAGAACGUUGAGUUAAUCUUAAUGGUGAUGUAUGAUGAAGUAUACCUUUAACUGUUUACUGGCAUCUGUUGAAUGAUUUUUCUGAAGGUUUAAAAACAAUGGAAAUGCCAAAACUGCACUGUUAAUUAGCAAAUAAAUGAAAGUUUAUCUUUUAAAUAUACAUGUUAUUUUGAUCAUUUGUCUCUAACAUCUCUUUGUAAAAACAAAAUAAUUUUUGUUUUUCUUUCUUAGUAUGUUGAGAAUGGACAUGCUUCAGAUUCUUUGUACUCACUGGAUAGAAAUAAACCAUUUUAAGCUUCA